CAUAUUCAAACCAUCUGAAAACAUUUAGUUAAGAAACAACAACAACAACAGAGCACUAAAAAUGGCAGCUCUGGCGACCAAACAGUCUCUGUUGUUGCUGUUAUCUUCUCUUCUGCUCUUGAUAGGCGUAUCCACCGGAAGUUUCUACGACAACUUCGACAUCACAUGGGGUAAUGGUCGUGCCAACAUAUUUGAGUCUGGACAGCUCUUGACAUGCACUCUCGACAAGAUCUCUGGUUCAGGUUUUCAAUCCAAGAAAGAGUAUUUAUUCGGAAAGAUUGAUAUGAAGAUGAAACUUGUCGCUGGAAACUCAGCCGGAACAGUUACUGCUUACUACCUUUCCUCUAAAGGCGAGACAUGGGAUGAGAUAGACUUCGAGUUCCUGGGUAAUGUUACAGGACAGCCUUAUGUUCUCCAUACCAAUGUGUUCACAGGAGGUAAAGGUAACCGUGAAAUGCAGUUCUAUCUCUGGUUUGAUCCCACCGCGGACUUCCACACUUACACCGUCCUUUGGAACCCUCUCAACAUCAUCUUUCUUGUGGACGGAAUCCCAAUCCGGGUGUUCAAGAACAACGAGGCUCACGGUGUGGCUUACCCGAAGAGCCAGCCAAUGAAGAUCUACUCAAGUCUAUGGGAGGCUGAUGAUUGGGCUACACAGGGUGGUCGAGUCAAGACGGAUUGGACUAACGCUCCAUUCAGCGCUUUCUACAGGAGCUUCAGUGAUGUGGACUGUUGUAGCCGGACUUCAGUGUGGAACUGGGUUACGUGCAAUGCAAAUAGCAACUCGUGGAUGUGGACUACACUUAACCCCAAUCAGGUUGGACAAAUGAAGUGGGUGCAAGAUGAUUACAUGAUCUAUAACUAUUGUACUGAUUACAAGAGGUUCCCUCAAGGUCUACCCACGGAAUGCAACCUUGGCUGAUUGUGUGUCCGAGCAAAUACAAGCAUGUUGCAGUUUGUUUCAUUCUUUCCUUCUAAUUUGUUCUCGUGAUUUGAUCCUGUUAUUCUUUUGAGUUUCUAUUUGUUUCCCUUAUUGGGUAAUUGAUUAUACUUGUGCUCAUCUGUAAUAAUUUCAUUAAUAUGAUUAAACUGUUGGUUUUUUA